UUCACCACGCGCUGGUGCCUGCUAGUCGGUUACUAAACGUUGGACCAGGUGGACGUUCACUUCGCCGUCUCACUUACCGCGAACGGAAACUCGCUCGAAAGCGAACCACAACAAAUUGGAAAUUUCGAUUGGUGGUCCACGGUUGUUUUUGGCGCGGAAUCAGACACGUGGGUGGAGUGACGAAUUUGUCCUCCAGAAAAAAAGGGAUUUCCAAUCAAUUGGAUUCGGAUUCGUUUAAAUUGAAACCGUAUCGAAGAGAGUCAGUUAUUUCAGUGACAGCGGCAAAAAAAGGAUUAGAAAUUUGUUUGAUGUUGAAACAGUGCCAAAGCACGAAGAACAGAAGCCCAACGAUAACCACCUCUCGGCGCGGGUGGCGGUGAAAUUUGACUAGCCGGAUUGAAAAAAAAAGAAGAGAAAAAGAGUUACCUAUACAUUUGGUUAUGCGGCAGCGAUGCAAUAAAUGUGUUGAAUGAAGUGAAUUUGGAUAUGCUUCGCCAAGAUCUACAAGCAUGACCACGAAGAGAGUGAAUGGGAAAUCUAUGUAUGCAUGGUGAUAUACUAGGCGAGGUAUUAAUUAUUUCAACAAUUGGAGUGUGAGCUUCGUAACGAGCCGAAGAAGGAGUGCAGAUAAAAAAGUGAAUAUACAGAAACAGCCUUCAGGGUGGCCUUGUGGGCAAUCGAGUGUAUCCUACUCAGCUAUCGCCGCUAAAGUGAAAAGCGAGGGAAAAGUGCACGCUAUGCUAAAAAUGCAAUUUCACUGCAAUUUCGAGUGAGGUGCGAGAAGAAGGAUCUCGGCUUUCUUGUUGUUGUUGUUGUUAUCGGUGGUGAAACUUUGUUUUGAUUUUUUUGUUUGCGCUUCUUAACUUGAUUGCCGUCCACCGGAGCGAGGCAAAAAUGAAAAUGAUCAAAGGCACGAAACUGGCCCUUCUAGUGACGUUUUUUGCACUGGUAACGGCGACGGCGAUAGUGCAAUCUGUUGCCGUGCCAGAAUCCGACCCGGUGCCAACGGCAGCGGACGAACUGACGGCAGAUUUGGAGGCGUCGUCACCCGAACCGACGGUCCAGUUGGAGGGGCAGGCGCCGGAAGAUGGCUUUGGGAUGGAUAAUACUCAAACAGUUCAGACUCACCCGUUGACUACGAUUGCAUCGCAGGACCUCUCAUCGCAACCACUGGCGGAAGAAGAAAUCGUUUCCACGGUACCAGCCGAAGGCUUCGAAGGACGAAAACGUCGUCGAUUGGGUAGGAAACGAAAGCGUAGACCUCUGCACGACGACUACUGGCAACAAGGUGGCCCUCGAGACGAAACAGAACCCGAACCCACCUACCGAGAUCCGGAACCGGAGAGGAAGCGAAACUACCCCCGCUGGGACCGUCAACGUCCUGCCGAUCGGUGGUCGAAUCCCUACAGCGAUGCCAUAGAUCCACAUUCUCCCUUUAGUAGUGAUCCACCUUCCAUCCGACGACCGUACGAAGCGUUCAACAGAGGCAACCGAGAGAAUUUUCAACCUAUUGACGGCAAUAGGCAAAGAAGACUUCCCAGACCGGAGGAGCAUCCGACUCCCGGUUCCGGUCACAAAGCCUACCGAAAACCGUACUCACAGGCCAAACGAAACGAAGAAGAAGGUGGAUCGUCCGGUGAGCAAGGCAAGGCCAGUGCCGCAGACCUGAAAGCUCUACUCAAGCAAUCCGGUGGACUGAGUCUAAGCGAGAUUCUUCAACAGCGCAAUAUCUCACUACAGGAUUUGAUCAAGGGCAAGCAAAUGGCUCUGGCUGCGUUGACGCAAAGCCCCCUAGAUGUCACUACAGUCACGGAACAAGACAACGAAGUAACCUCCACGAUACCAACGCUAUCCAGUGUCAGAUUCCGAGUACAGGAGGACUCCACUCAGCGAACCGACUUCCAUGAUAUAAAAUCCAUGAAGAGAAUUCCGGUAUAUUCCCCAUCUGCAGUUCCGAUUAUAGCAACGGAACCACCAACAACUACCACAUCAACCACAACGACACCGACAGAGCUUCCACCAACGGCGCAGGAUGAAACCAACUCCGUCGAAGACAUCAUAACCCUCGACAACCUUGGAAACCACAACGACAACGUUGCCAUCUUUCCAACCGUCGAGAUCAAACAGCUAGCCCUCAAUCCGGUGCUUCCAACCGUCAAAGAAGAACGACUACGACCCAUCAAGGGUGUAGCCUCCCGUAUUCGUCCAGACUUGAGUAACUCCAAAAUCCGAACGGAAGAAGUCUUCUCUGCUUCCAAAAGACGCUUGGAAUCACUUAGGCCCUACGCUACUGCUGAACCCUGGCACUUGUCUACCACCACGACCAGCACCGCCAUCCCGAACACUACAUCUCGCGAAAAAUGGACUCCCUCAGCAUCGCUUCACGAAAAAUACUUCCACAAACUUCAACAGAACAAAUUCCGUCAACGACCUUCAGUGAUCGCAUCCACCGACCUCGAUAGUGACACCCUAGAAGAACAUACCGAACCAGCACUUCCCGAUACGGAACCACCCGUUCCGGCUUCCUCUGAGCGAUCUCUAAUGCGAAUCCCGUCUUCCCGGAAUCGCCUUGCUAUAAAACCCAAAAUAAGACUCGCGUCCCCUGCACCGUUAACAGUGCAACCGCAGUCGACGGAAAAUCAUAGCCUCGCCGACAUAGAAUUCCACGAUGAAUCCGAGAACGUCACCAAACUGCUCGAAAGCGAGGAACCGGAACUGAACAUCAUCGAAAAGUUUACCUCCUUCGAAGACACCAAGAACGCCUUCGAUCCGCAAUCCAGCUUAGCGUCCGAACUGUCAACCACCGAGCUAAGUGAGGACGAUCUCAUCGAACGAAUCAACCAAAACACCCAGCGUUCGUUCACCGACAGCCUUGAGGACUACUUCCGAGACGUAACCGAGAGCAAUCCAUCGCUGUUCAACGAUCUCGGUCCGAUCGCUCUGUCCGACGAUCGGAAUGAGAUCUUAGAAUUGAUGGAAGAUCGCCGUAUCGGUGCCCGCCUGGCCAAGGUCCUAUCCCAACGAAACAUGACCUUGGACGAGCUGCUCGAGCAUCGCAAACGUGGCUCCAGCCAGCUACAUCUGUCGGAAAUGAUCAACGGCAAGUCAAAACCGAUCGAGGACAAGAUGGACAUCGUAACGGCAUUUGAACACUUCCCAAGGUUCAAUCUUGGUAACCUGCGGAGCAUUCAACCGGACGACAUCAAACUGGAUUCGCAGGGCUUUAGCUACUUCACUUCCAUCAUCAGCAUGCGCCCGACGGACGAAGCCUACAAGGAAGGUCGAGCGAUGCAGCAUCACCGAGGGGAUCACAAAUUCCUCGACUGGAAGCUGCAGCAUUCGCCUCAACAGCAGCAGCAGCAACACCCAGCAAAUCACAAAAUGGAUGGGAUUCAUUUUUUAGGUAACGGCGGAUCGAAGGGUGGGCUGAUAACCCCUUCGCGAAUGUCCGCCGAUGCCGAGUUCGACAGCAGCCACGAUCAAACCAGCAGCAGUGAUUUGCUCGAUCUGGAACUGACCGGCCAUGGGUUCAACCACCGGCACACGGUAACCAUCGAGAGCACCUCGAUGCCACUCGGCGUCAAAUCGGCGAUCGUGGCGAGUUCCUGCAUCGUGGGCGUUUCGCUGGUGGUGUUCGCGGUGAUCUUCGUCGUUUGCCGCUGGCGACAGCGGCGGAGAAACAAGCUCAACUAUACGGAGAAUUUCAACAUGGCCAAAGGGCGGCUCCCGAUGAUGCACAACGAGGGAUUGAAGACCGAACAGAUGCAGGUGUAUACAACGCAGCAGCAUCAGCAGCACCAGCAGCAGCAGCAACAGCAGCAUCAGCAGCAUCCGCAGCAGCAGCAACAACAGUAUUCGAAACAACGUCAACGAAAGGACAGCAAGGUUAACACGAUGGAUCCCAACUCGCAGGAAGUGCAGGACUACCUGUGGGAUGCGAUGCGUAAACCGUUCCAGUAGGUUUGCGGGAGAAGUUUGUGUGUUUGUAGGGAUAAUUCAAAGCCAUACGUACUGCGCCGAGGAGUUACUGGGAGUUUAGCAACACCAGAGAAUCGGAUCCAGUGGACCGAGAAACGCCUUCCCAACGCAGAUUCUCCACGGCCAAACCGACAUCAUCAAAAAAA